AUACACUUAUGCCCAUCGAGGUGCAUCCAAAUCCAAACUUUUUUCUGUAUGUAUAUAUUAUCGAGUACGUGAUUUUAUAAAACGACGCUCGUCAAUGUCCACAAACCGAUGUUAUUAUACAUCAAUGGUUCGAGUUAAACGCGAAUCAAAACAAGCGAUGCUGAAGACUAGGAACAGCUCGAUUUCGUUCGAAACACAUCGAUUCCGAGUAUCUCGGAAUUCCGAGUCUUCUUGUUCUUUUCUCUCGUCUUCCUCGAAGAAAAAGAUCCUUACGAAAAGCACGCCGAUAAUUUUUCGAACGGACGGUUCGCCGAGAUUCGACAACAAUUUAUAAAGAAAAAGACAAGAAGAAAAUGGUGUAGGACUGGUUAAUAAUCGUUUCUCUCCCCCUACGUUCUCGCAAUGUUGGGACUACCGCUGUAUCAUUUAGCCUGAAUUAGUUUUCGACGAUAACAAGAGCGAUUCGUGCAACACAAAUUUUGAAAAGCUCGCAACAGGAGAUGUCUUACAGCGAUGGCGGGCGUCCGAUCCGAAAGUUCGGCACCAAAUCGCCGAAAAAGCUUUGCGUGACCAAGAAUGAAAAUAACGACAAAACCACGACCACUAUCAAUUGUAAUAGUCAUCACCACAAUCAUUGCCAUCACACUCGCCGGUCUCUCGAAACCCCACAACCGUCGGUACACAAACGUAAUCUCUACAUUGUUUCUUUCCCCUUGAUACUGCUUUUCAACGUUAUGAGAACGCUUCUCUAUCAAUUAUUUGUGGUGUUUAAGUAUUUGUACACAUCCACGUCUCAACUGAUCCAACGAAGACAAACCUCCAAACAGAGCUGCCAAUUGGAGAUCGUGGUUGGUCAGAAGUCUGCCGAAAUCUUAAAUAAUAGUCGGAAUAAUUCCGGGCAAACAGAGACAGAGGGGAUGUCUCAAAUGCCUAGGAGAUCUAUGGGUCCUGGACCCGGGGAUCCGUUACUCGCAAAACAAAAGCACCAUCACCGUAGAGCUUUUGAAUUUAUUAGUAAGGCAUUGAAAAUCGACGAGGAUAACGAAGGACAAAAAGAAAUGGCGAUCGAACUUUAUAAGAAAGGUAUCGGAGAAUUGGAGAAAGGAAUUGCCGUAGAAUGCACGGGUGGUCGUGGAGAAGUAUGGGAACAUGCUCAAAGAUUGCACGAUAAAAUGCGGACUAACUUAGCGAUGGCAAAGGACAGACUCGACUUCCUUGUGAGUGUGUGUGAGCUGAAAAACAUGGAUAUCUCCAAUGAGUGUCACGGUCCUGGAAAUAAAGCGGACACCGAACAUCCAGGAAAGAAUCUGAGGGCUCGUCGCAAUUUACACACACUACAAACAACUCGAUCUUCUUUAAAUACAAAUCAUACAAAGAACACAAACAGUACACAAACAGUGAAUAUAGGGCCGAAUACAUGUACCCAAAUUCCCAAGUUAAGGCCACGCUCACCAAAAAACUAUUGUGCCCAUUCUGAAGCAUCUGGAAGAAAGUUAUCUGUUCCUGGAAAAAGAGUCGGUACAGCCAUAAGCAAGAGUCAAACCUUGCCCAGAAGCAUGGGGAGGUCACCGCCGGUGCAAUCUUGCCAUCGAGUCAUGCCAGUGAAACCAACAUCCACGCCACCCUCUGUCAAAAGACAAUUAUCUGUACCUGGAAAUGGUUCGCCUAUAAGGAGACCAGGCACGCCUACUGCAACAAAUAGUAAUAGAGGGACGCCUACUAGAAAAGCACCUAUUCUAAAGGGUGUAGAUCCAAAGCUUGCGCAAGUUAUUCUCGACGAAAUCUUAGAAGGAGGUGCAGCUGUGCAUUGGGAAGACAUAGCUGGCCAAGAGACGGCAAAGCAAGCGUUACAGGAAAUGGUGAUCCUACCCUCGUUGAGGCCGGAAUUAUUCACUGGUUUGAGGACACCAGCGAGGGGACUCCUAUUAUUUGGUCCACCGGGCAACGGGAAGACAUUACUGGCCCGUGCUGUGGCUACCCAGUGCAACGCCACCUUUUUCUCGAUAUCCGCUGCUAGUCUGAUGUCAAAAUACGUUGGCGAAGGGGAAAAAUUAGUGAGAGCUCUCUUCGCUAUAGCAAGGGAACUACAGCCAUCUGUGAUCUUUAUCGACGAAGUGGAUUCACUGUUGAGCGAGCGGAAAGAUAACGAGCACGAGGCCUCAAGGCGAUUGAAAACGGAAUUUUUAGUCGAGUUCGAUGGGUUACCAUGUAAUCCAGAGGAAAGAGUGCUUGUUAUGGCUGCUACGAAUAGACCCCAAGAACUAGAUGAGGCUGCUUUAAGAAGAUUUACGAAACGAGUGUACGUCACGUUGCCUGAUCUACGAACUAGAAUCAUAUUAUUGAAACGUCUUCUAGCUAAGCACAACGGUCCGCUGACACCGGAAGAACUGAACGACAUGGCAAUCUUGACCGAAGGAUAUUCUGGUAGCGAUCUGACCGGCUUGGCAAAAGAUGCUGCGCUUGGACCUAUCAGAGAGCUUAAUCCAGAUCAAGUGAAGGAGCUGGAUCUGAAUUCGGUGCGGAACAUCACGAUGCAGGACUUUCGUGAUUCGCUAAAAAGAAUUCGCAGAUCGGUGUCUCCUGCCAGUUUGGCCGCCUACGAGAAAUGGAGUUUGGAGUACGGCGAUGUAAGUCUAUGAUUGUUAAGAAACCGCUGUAACAGCGUGACACUUAAUGAUAAACUCGAUUGUCGGCCAGUCCAACGAGAAACAGAGACGCGACUGUGAACGACAAGGAAUAUACAAAAGUAACUUUCUGCGAUAUUAAUUAUUACAAAGUGUAAAUAUACAUCGGCUUCGAACAUUUUUGAAGUUCAUUUACAAAAACGGUAACAUCUAUUAUACAUAGAGGAGAAAGCAAGCGUUACGACAAGUGAAAGACACUCUUGCUAUGCGUGUUUUUUAAAUCGUAUAUUACAGCCACGACACUGUAAUAUUAAGCAGCUUUAUACCACAUAUAUAUCAAUAUUAUAUAUAUGUAACACAUUCCAUACUCCAUCCAGUAAUCAGGAAUAGGUAGAAUUAAGCAUCACACGCGGCAGCUCCGAUAUUAGAGAAUUCCAAUACAUAUAUCAGUAGGUUUACAGCGUAUUGGAUCAUCUCGUACUGCUAUAAUUCUUUUACGUUUGUUUACACCGUAGGAAAGAAAAUAUAAUUUCUUAUGUAGUUCCAUCGAGUUCCGUUCUGUCUCAUUCACUAGCUUUAAUUUCGUCGAAUCGAUUACUCGUAAUUAUCGAAGAUAGUUGGCCCGAUAUUCGAAUAUCUGCGACACUGUGACAACGCAAAGAAGGUACAAUCUUAAAGAAUGCACUUUUAUUAUCAAAAAUAGAGAUGAUGUAUAUAAAUGUAUCUCAUUAUUAAUCGAGCACAAUUAAAUUGAAAAGAAAAAAACAA